CUUUUCUGCGGUCCAGCCUUGCGGGGGGUCUUGGGUUGGAGGCUAUGGGCACCUCGGGCGUGUGGCCUGGACUGCUGUUGCCGCCGCCGCCGCCGCCACCGUCGGUGCCAGCGGCUUGUUGUUGGGGUCCGGUGUGAAGUCCGAGUGACCGGACUCUCGCGUGGGGUGGGAUGGACUGGCUGCAGGACCUAGUCCCCUGCAGUCAGCGCGACUAUGAGACGGAGUGAUGCCCAGCACAGAACUAGCGACCCGAGCCCUCCCUUCCCACCGAGCGCCGCCGGGGGCUGCGUUCCAGAGCUGAGAGCCCCUUCCCGGGCUUGGGAUCUCGUUGCGCCGUCGGCGGGAGGUCCCCAAGGACGGAGUCGAAAGGUCACUACUUACCUGUCAGUGCUGUGUGAUAGCAUCGCCGCUGGACCUGCAGAAUCCGAACUCGAUCCGUAAUGCCUCCUGCUGGCCUCUUUCAAGAUGGAGGGGAAAUCUGUGGGAGAGCCUACUCAAGUGGUGUCUAAAGUCAAACUUUCCACAAAAGUAGAAAACACAGGACACUGGCUGGUGGAAGAUCACGCUCGAAUAUGGGAAGUUUUAAAGACAGAGGAGAGCUCGAUUCAGGACUGGGGUGAAGAGGUAGAGGAAGGAGCUGUUUACCAUGUCACCCUCAAAAGAGUCCAGAUUCAACAGGCGGCCAAUAAAGGAGCGAGAUGGCUAGGGGUUGAAGGGGACCAGCUGCCUCCAGGACACACAGUCUCUCAGUAUGAGACCUGUAAGAUCAGGACCAUCAAAGCUGGCACCCUGGAGAAGCUUGUGGAGAACCUGCUGACGGCUUUUGGGGACAAUGACUUUACCUAUAUCAGCAUCUUCCUGUCGACUUACAGAGGCUUUGCCUCGACCAAGGAAGUGCUGGAGCUGCUGCUGGACAGAUUUGGAGACCUGACAGGCCCAAACUGUGAAGGCGAUGGAAGUCAAAGUUCAUCGGAGUCCAGGGCCGUGAUCCGGAAUGCCAUUGCUUCCAUCCUGAGGGCCUGGCUUGACCAGUGUGCGGAAGACUUCCGGGAGCCCCCUCACUUCCCUUGCCUGCAGAAGCUGCUGGAGUACCUCAAACGCAUGAUGCCUGGCUCCGACCCAGAGAGGAGAGCGCAGAACCUUCUGGAACAGUUUCAAAAGCAGGAAGUAGAUUCCGACAAUGGGCUUCUCAGCACCAUCCCCUUCAGCCUGGAAGAGGACGAGGACCUGGAGAGCGGAGGGCCGGCAGAGUUCACGUGCUUCUCAGAAGAUCUCGUGGCGGAACAGCUGACCUACAUGGAUGCACAACUAUUCAAGAAAGUAGUGCCUCACCACUGCCUAGGCUGCAUUUGGUCUCGGAGGGAUAAGAAGGAAAACAAACACUUGGCUCCCACGAUCCGCGCCACCAUCUCGCAGUUUAAUACCCUCACCAAAUGUGUCGUCAGCACCAUCCUGGGGAGCAAAGAUCUCAAGACUCAGCAGAGAGCCAAGGUCAUCGAGAAGUGGAUUAACAUCGCCCAUGAAUGCAGAAUCCUGAAGAACUUUUCCUCCUUGAGGGCCAUCGUUUCCGCACUGCAGUCCAAUUCCAUCUAUCGCUUGAAAAAGGCUUGGGCUGCCGUCCCAAAGGACAGAAUGCUAAUGUUUGAAGAGCUUUCAGACAUCUUCUCAGAUCAUAACAACCAUCUAACCAGUCGGGAGCUUCUGAUGAAGGAAGGAACGUCAAAAUUUGCCAACCUGGACAGCAGUGUGAAGGAAAACCAGAAGCGGACUCAGAGGCGGCUGCAGCUCCAGAAGGAUAUGGGCGUGAUGCAGGGUACUGUGCCUUACCUGGGCACCUUCCUGACUGACCUCACCAUGCUGGACACUGCUCUGCAGGACUACAUUGAGGGUGGACUGAUCAACUUUGAGAAAAGAAGAAGGGAAUUUGAAGUCAUUGCCCAGAUAAAGCUCCUACAGUCUGCUUGCAACAGCUACUGCAUGAGCCCAGACCAGAAGUUCAUCCAGUGGUUCCAGCGGCAGCAGCUUCUAACAGAGGAGGAGAGCUAUGCCCUCUCAUGUGAGAUUGAAGCUGCUGCUGAUGCCAGCACCACUUCCCCCAAGCCUCGGAAGAGCAUGGUGAAGAGGCUCAGCCUACUGUUUCUGGGGUCUGACUUUAUCACUGGGAGCACUCCCACCAAAGAGCAGCCCAAGUCCACAGCCAGCGGCAGCUCUGGUGAGAGCAUGGACUCAGUCAGCGUGUCGUCCUGUGAGUCGAACCACUCAGAGGCUGAGGAGGGUUCCAUCACACCCAUGGACACCCCAGAGGAGCCCCAAAAGAAGCUCUCCGAGUCCUCCUCCUCAUGUUCCUCGAUCCAUUCCAUGGACACGAAUUCCUCAGGGAUGUCAUCCCUAGUCAAUCCCCUGUCGUCCCCUCCAGCCUGCAACAACAACCCUAAAAUCCACAAGCGCUCCGUCUCGGUGACAUCCAUUACCUCCACAGUGCUGCCUCCCGUUUACAACCAGCAGAGCGAGGACACCUGCAUCAUCCGCAUCAGCAUAGAAGACAACAACGGCAACAUGUACAAGAGCAUCAUGUUGACAAGCCAAGAUAAGACCCCUGCUGUGAUCCAGAGAGCGAUGGUGAAGCACAACCUGGACUCGGACCCAGCUGAGGAGUACGAGCUGGUGCAGGUCAUCUCAGAGGACAAAGAGCUGGUGAUCCCGGACUCUGCAAACGUCUUCUAUGCCAUGAACAGCCAAGUGAACUUUGAUUUCAUUUUACGCAAAAAGAACUCAGCGGAAGAGCAGGUGAAACUGCGCAGCCGCACCAGCUUGACAUUGCCCAGGACAGCGAAGCGGGGCUGUUGGAGUAACAGACACAGCAAGAUCACCCUCUGAAAGGCA